AUGUUCAUUCAAUACACGGUGAAGGACAUCUUUUCCUCUCAAGCAGCGCCUCUGGUAGCCGCGCUAGUUUCGAGCUGGAUCAUUUCUGUGAUUGUGUAUAAACUUUACUUCCAUCCUCUCUCCAAAUAUCCAGGCCCUUUCUGGGCACGCAUCUCAGCAUUUCCGGCGUACUACCGUACUAAGAAGCAGAAUCGCCAUAUAUGGCUCUGGCAACUACAGCAGAAGUAUGGCCCCACAUUCCGCAUUACUCCCAAUAGUGUCUUGAUCAACACUCCCACCGGCGCCAAUACCAUCUUCACCAAUAAAGCCAAUGUGAAAAAGGCAGAAUAUUACAACGCCUAUCCUCGCAACAUUCAUGCCAUGACAACGUGGAACACUAUUGAUAAGACUAUUCAUGCUCGGAAGAGGCGCGUCAUGAACAACGCCUUUUCCGAUAAGGCAAUGCGCUCCUGCGAGCCGUUUAUCCAAGAGAACAUUGAUCGAUGGUUCGAAUUGGUCAACAAAGAGAUUGGUAAAAAGCAAUGGUCCGACUCUCUGAACAUGGCUCAAUGGUCAGAUCAUCUCGUUUUUGACUUCCUUGGUGAUCUAUGUUUUGGUAAAUCGUUUGGCAUGAAGGAGCACAAUAGCGAUCUGCGACAUAUCCCACGCCUCAUGACCGACUUUAUGGCUCUUCACCCCAUCGCUUAUUCCCCCUUUACUGCUCUAUGGGUAUGGCUCAAGCCUCGUGGUCUCGACCGACUCCUCGCUGUCGCCGCACCUCCUGCCCUAAACUUCUUCCAUUAUCUCCUUCAGACCGUGGACACUGUAACUGGAAAGGGAUACACCAAAGAUGAGCUAUUUAGUGAGAGCGAGUCUCUCAUUAUUGCUGGCUCUGACACGACUGCUACCAGCAUAGCUGCUGCUUUCUUCUACCUUUCGCGCAGCCCUCAUAUCCAGGAGAAGCUCGCAAAAGAGAUUACUUCUGCGUUCUCUAGUGCUGAAGACAUCAAGAGCGGCACGACUCUUUAUUCUUGUCAGUAUCUUCGAGCCUUUAUCGACGAAACACUGCGUAUGAGUCCUCCCGUUCCAGCCGAUCUUGCUCGAGAGGUCGAGAAGGGCGGAAUCGUUGUCGAUGGGCAGUAUAUCCCUGAGGGUAUCAACGUCAGCUGUGCAUCCUACUGCCUUCACCAUAACCCUGCGUUCUACCCUGAGCCGUUUAAGUUUUAUCCAGAGCGUUGGAUAGUUGAUGAGAAGAAUGAGUCUGGUGUUUCGGCUGAGAGCGUUGCUCUGGCUCAGAGCGCUUUCAUGCCUUUCUCUAGUGGACCUCGGGGAUGUAUUGGAAAGAACCUGGCCUAUCUUGAGAUGAGUUUGGUUUUGGCGAGGAUUGUUUACAACUAUGAGAUCAGGCCUGAUAUCACUAGUAAUCUUGGUGGCGGUAGCCUUAAUGCUGUCGAGGGCCGUCGCACUUGUGAUCAGUACCAACUACAUGAUAUAUUCGUCGGUAUUAGGGAUGGACCUAUGGUGCAGCUUGCAAAACGGACUCGUUCGGCGUAG